AUGUCGCUCUGCAGACCCACGAUGCAAUCCCCAGUGACAUCAUCCGCCUUCCUUCGCUGCGUGAAGCAGCCUUCCAGCAUGCGCCUGGCGCCGAAUUACCGUCUCUUCUCUUCAUAUGGAAACGCUCACCGGUCAUCGAAGCGCGACAUGCAGACAGCUACGGCAUACCGACCUCAUACUCUACCUUCUCACUUCCCGAUUCCACCAAGCCCCGGGCCAAAAGAUUCGUCUGUUGCCGCUGAUUUCCUGUUUCCUCGCGAACCUGCGCAGCGCCGCCCAGAAACACAAACCGCCGAGCCAAAGACCAAUUCCAGUCAAGUAGAGACCCAAAAGUCGAAGCCCACUGAAUCCACACCCGCCACUGCGAAGCCCACCGAGAAACCUCGCAGGAAGCUCCGUCCUCGCAAGGCGGCCAUGAAACUGACGCCUAUUGCCAUUGAACAACUUCGAAGAUUGUUAUCACAGCCUGAGCCGAAGUUAAUCCGAGUUGGCGUCAAGAACCGCGGUUGUUCCGGUCUUGCCUAUCACCUGGAGUACGUGGAGAAGCCGGGCACAUUUGAUGAAGUUGUCGAGCAAGAUGGAGUUAAGGUCUUGAUCGACAGUAAAGCCCUGUUCAGCAUCAUCGGUAGUGAGAUGGACUGGCAAGAGGAUAAGCUUAGCGCGAGAUUUGUGUUCCGCAACCCUAACAUCAAGGAAGAAUGUGGCUGUGGUGAAUCCUUCAUGGUUUAG